AUGACUGAGGAAGAGCAUACUGGUGCAUCUGCAUUAGCAACACAAACUGUUGGAUAUCCAGAAGGACUGUACGAUACCUCUCUUUUGGUUAAGUACGAACAUCAUAUGGCUAAACAUAUACGGUUCGGUGAGGAGAGAGGUACGAAGAAAGAGUUGAAGGUAGUAGGACAAGGGUUGAAGCUGAUUAAGAGGGUUCUACUGCAGCUUCCUAGAAAGAUGGAGGCUUGGGUAUCUAGGUCUGGUCUAUCUUCACUCCAGAGAACCAAUUUGACGAAGAUAGAUAUGAACCUGGUUUCCGCAUUUGCAGAGAGAUGA